GCAACUCCUGCGUCUCAAAGGAGGAGUCUCGAGGAAUGUAUUUGUCAGACACAGUCAGUCCCAUCCGACCUGUGAAGAAAGCAGGACGCAUGAUUUCUGUGAAACUAUUUGGCAUUCACCUCAUCACACAGAAUGGCACAACAAGGAAGCAAGUCAGUAAAAUUCCACUGUUCAGUCUGUCGGGAUCUACUGAAGGAUCCGGUGACUAUUCCCUGUGGACACAACUACUGUAUGAGCUGUAUUAAAGGACAAUGGAAUAAUGAGGAUCCAAAAGGAGCCUACAGCUGUCCUCAGUGCACAAAGAGUUUCAUAUCGAGGCCUGAGCUGGAGAAAAACAGCAUGUUAGCAGAGUUAGUAGAGGACUUGAAGAUAUCUGGACACCAAGCUGCUUCAGCUGAUCUCUGCUAUGCUGGACCUGAAGAUGUUUCCUGUGAUGUCUGCACUGAAGAGAAGCUGAAAGCAGUGAAGUCCUGUCUGGUAUGUUUGGUUUCUUACUGUGAGCAACACCUCCAGCCUCACUAUGACUCCUCUGCCUUUGACAAACACAAGCUGGUCAAACCAUCGAACAGGCUGAAAGGGAACAUCUGUUCAACUCAUAAUGAGGUGAUGAAGAUGUUCUGCAUUACUGAUCAGCAGUGUAUCUGUUAUGUCUGCUGCCUGGACAAACAUAAACGCCAUGUAACAGUUCCAGUUGAAGUUGAAAGGGCAGAAAAAGACAAAGACCUUAAGAUGAAUCUGCAGGAAGUCCAGAAGAAAAUUCAGACCAGAAUGGAGGAAGGUGAAGUGCUUGAGAAAGAGAUGGAGGGGAUCAAACUGUCUGCUGAUAAAACAAUUGAAGACAGUGAUGCCAUCAUCGAUGAGCUGUUGAGUUAUAUUAAAGAAAAAGGCUCAAAUCUAAAGCAGCAGAUCAAAUCCCAGCAGGAAACUGAGAAAGAGUCGAGUCGAAGAGCUUCAGAAGAAGCUGGAGCAGGAGAUCACUGA